AUGGAGAAAAUUACUGGUACCCCUUUCUAUUACAUCGAUGCCAUUGAUGUAUCCGAUGCAAAUGACUCUCUGUAUGAAGACGACGGGUAUGCUGAGCUCAGAAAGUCUCUCCACUCCAUGUCUCUCGUUGUUUACUGCCUGGCCUUUGUUCUUGGUGUUCCUGGGAAUGGAGUGGUUAUCUGGGUGACCGGGUUCAAGAUGAAGAAAACAGUGAACACAGUUUGGUUCCUCAACCUCGCUGUGGCCGACUUCCUCUUCACAGCAUUCCUGCCCCUGAGUGUGGCGUACACAGCUUUGGAUUUUCACUGGCCUUUCGGCAGCUUCAUGUGCAAACUUCAUGGUACUGUAAGCUCCCUGAACAUGUUUGCCAGUGUCUACAUUCUGGUGGUGAUCAGUGUGGACAGAUGUGUGUCUGUGGUGUGGCCCGUCUGGGCCCAGAACCACCGAAAUGUGCAGAAGGCGUCAUUUGUGAGUCUGGGUGUUUGGAUACUGGCUCUGAUUCUCAGCACUCCAUACUUCAUCUUCAGGGACACUGGUUCCUCAAUGUACGAUGACAACAUCAUCAACUGCUUCAACAACUUUGCAUUUUCUGAUGACUAUGAAACACCGUCUGUGAAUCAGCUGCAACAAUUUCGUCAUCAGGCCAUGAUCAUCAGCCACUUCUUCCUGGGAUUUGUUGUCCCCUUCACUGUCAUUGUCUCCUGCUAUGCUGUGAUAAUCCAUCGAAUCAGAAGAAACCGCACCCUGGCCAGCCAGUCAAGUCGCCCUUUUAAGAUCAUCGCUGCAGUUAUCACCACUUUUUUCCUGUGCUGGACUCCUUAUCACAUCAUGGCUUUAAUUGAGGCAGUGAAAUACAUGCCUAACCAUGCGAGUGAAACAUUAGACCAUGUUAUCGUUAUUGGUACUCCUUUUGCAAAGAGUCUGGCCUUUCUCAACAGCUGCCUGAACCCACUGCUGUAUGUCUUCAUGGGCCGAGAUUUCAAAGACAGAGUUCAUAAAUCCAUCCUGAAUGUUUUGGAGAUUGCCUUCCAGGAGGACAUGUCUCGCGCUAACACCUACAAAAAGUCUGCGGUCACCAGUCGAAGCAAGUCAGUGCAUGAUGCUGUGGUAUAA